AGGUCCUCAUUCCAUAACGGCGCAUCGGCGGCCUCGAUGAUAAUUUUUACAUAUUUAUGAUCAAAGUUAUUUGGUUUUCGAUUUCCUAAAACAAAGUUAGGUUUUGACUUUUGGAUUUUCCAUUUUCCAUUACCACUCGUUUCAUCUUCAUCACGCUCCAUUUUUCCGCAAAAAGCAAAUAAUGCCGGCUCGUCUUUAAGCAACCCCAGCGAAGUACAUCAAGAGCUCAACAUGAGCCUCGCGGCCGGCGGAUCAUCCGCAUCUUCCACCGCGGUUGCCGCGGUGCCAGCCGCAGCCGGAGGUGCGGCGCUCUUGUAUAACAGCAGCAGCGGCCCAGGAACUACUACAUCAAGUUCUUCACCACCAUCAAAUAGUACAUCGCCUGGCACCAGCGGAGGUGGUGGUAGCAGACCGUCUUCAUCGCCGCCGUCAACAUCAUCUUCCAGCAGCAAUAGCAGCUCUAGCAGUAAUACUCUUAAAAGCAACUUCACCGCCACAACGGCCUGGAACUUUCUUCCCGGCGCGGCGCACGCCGUCUAUGGCGUUCUCAAAUGUUACAUUCUCAACUGUUACAUGAUUUGCCAUGCAAAAUUCGAACCAGAAUCGACGCGAUCAAGCUGCUUCGCAUGGCAAAUUCUCGAAGUGCCAAAUAGGCUAAGAAUCUGUGCCAAAUCUGUCAUGCAAAAGGCGCAAUCUUUCCCCUUUUAGUUUUCCCAUGCUUGCAUCACAAACUCAUGUAACAGUUGAGAAUGUAACAGUUGAGAACGCCAUACCGUCACGUCCAUCCUUGUCGGAUACCCGUUUGACACGGUAUAUGGGAGUGUCAGGAUUGAAAUCGUCAAAGUUGAGAUAGUUUGUGAUGCAUAAAAUGCAGCCCACAAAGUGCCUGUCUUGCAGAAUAGGCAAGUGAGGCAGAUUGUAAGCCUGUUGAGGGGUAGAAACUGAACAGCUAAAGUAGCAUGACAAAAGGCGUCCUCUUUACCCAAACAGCAUGACAAACUGGAUUUCGGUUCUCCCUAAAUUUGUGAUGCGCCACUUGGAAACUGGGUUACGACUUUCAUCCAUUUUAUGCAUUGCAGAUUAUUUCAACUUUGACGAUUUCAAUCCUGACACACCCAUACGGUAAAAACCCGGCUGCAGACCGGGAUGUACCACUUGUCGGCUGGCAGCUACAGCCCGGCCAGUUACAGAAGGUAUGAAAUGCCAGACAUGCAUCACAAAUCGGGUUUUCUUCUAGGUGAUUCACCAUGACAAAUUCCAAUUCUCAACUUUAGCAGAGUUAGUUGUGUAACUGCAAUUUAUACCAGCAGUGCGAUGCUUUUCCUUUUUCAAUGCAUAUACCACAUCACCUUACAAAACAGUUUCUUCCGUGCCAUUGGGCAGAGUUUUCAGCAAGAAGGCCUCUUCUUCCUCUACCGCGGGUGCGGGGUGCCCAUGAGCUCUUUGUUACUGAAACGGCCCUUAGAGUUCUUCGUCUACGAGCGAUUGAACGAAACGCAAAACCCCGGGCACUACUUCCAAAACGGCGCCUACGCGGCCACCGCGGGGUGCUUGAUCGGCUGCCCGUUUAACAUUGUGAAGAUUCGUGUGCAGAACGCGGCGAAAAAAACUGUAUUCUUGUCGACGUUUUUCAUUUUCCCUUGGCGUAAUGGAGGCGAAUAUGCUAUACCACAACUCAAUCUCUAUUUCGAUUGUCUUGUACCAAAAGCGUCACUUCUGCAAACGCAAUGUAUACAAAUUCCAUCUUCAGGUGCGCGACGCCGUCCGUGAAGUGUACCGCGAGGCCCCGUACGGCACCGGCUUCUUCCGCGGUUUACCGCUCCAGCUUGGCUUCAGCGUUCCAUCGGCAAGCAUCUACUUGGGUUUGUACGGAAAAUUUCGCGAGGCUUUGUUAGUGGAAAACGACGGGCUGGUUUUGUCGAAGGGGACCGCGGGCGGGAUCGCCGGAAUAGCGUCCUCCGUGAUUAUGUGGAGCAUACUCAUGCCGGUGGACACGCUCAGGACAAAAGUGCAAGCGGGCGGACUACCGAUAGUCGCAGCGGCUGCAAGUAGGGGAACAGCCAGUGGAGGGACCAGUGCUAGUACUGCAAGCAGCGCUGGCUCCGGCUCCGCAGCGACAACUGCAUCAACAGGAGGUGGAGCGACCUCGGCGACCAGGCCUGCAAUAGGCAUCCUCCAAGCGGCAAAAUCCAUCUACGAGCAGCGUGGGGCCCGCGGAUUUUGGUCUGGGCUGUUGCCAAUGUACUUGCGAGCAUUCGCGAUUACUGCUCCUGCGAUGUUUGCGUAUGAGACCGCAAGAGAUUGGGUCAAUACAGCAGGAGGUGGAAGAACAUGAAAGCAUUCGAUGAGUGGGAGAAGUUGCGCCUAUCUUAUUUAUCUCUAUGUCAUUGUCAUUGAGAAUUUCUUUGAAUACUAAGUGAGCGACAUUAAAGAUUCGGCAUUGCCGUUUGUGUGAU